GUUGAGGGGAAGGCCUGCACUCCGCAGCAGCUGGCAGCCACCCGCCCCGACGUGCUGCUCUUCGCCCUUUGCGGCUUUGACCUGACCUCCUCCCGCCGCCUGGCGGCUCAGGUGGUCAGCCAGCAGCUACAACAGCUCCAAGGGCAGCUACAAGGGCAGCAGCAACAGCAGUUUCCGCAGCUGGUGCAACGGGCCACCCCAGCGCGCAACAAGGCCGCUGCUUCCCUUCCGGCCGCUGCUGCCUUGCCUAACGCUGCUGCUGCGGCUGUUGCUGCCACUGUUUCCGCUGUCUUGAGAACCGCGGGAGCACUGACAUCCGCCGUGUUGGCCACCCUACAGCCGCCUGUGACCGCAGCCGCCGGCCCGCCCGCAACCACUACCGCAACAUCGGUAAAGAUGAGCGCUGCAAAGGAGGCAGCAUGUGCAGCCUCUGCCUCUAUCGCUUCUUCCCUAGCUGCUAACAGCGGCGGUAGACCUCCUGCUGCUGCCGGCGCUACCACAGCAGCUGCUGGCGCCCCGGCCUUCCAGCCCCGAGUAGUGGUGUGUGACGGGUUGCGGGUGCUGCGGCGGCCCUGCAGCGGCCCGGGGCUGGUGGCCUCCCUGGAGGUGCUGGUGGAGUGCCUGCAUGGGGAGGCGCAGGGGUACGGACACGAGGGCGCGCUGUGGGUGGAAGGGGGGAGUGAGGGCGCGAUGGGAGGCCGGAGUAAGGGGGAAUGAGUGUAAUUAGGUAAUUGUGCUGCUUGUUAGCACUGCAUGACGCUGCUUGCUUGUUGGCGCUCGCUCUUAGAGCAAGGUUGCCCACAGAUGGAGGGGCAUUCCGCAUUGCCCGAGGCCUUGUGUGGUGGAGGCUGCCUGCGACAUCAUGG